AUGACUGCCAACGGAUCUACCAACGGAUCCACCAACGGGUCCUUCUCCCACUACCAUGCUGCCUCUUCAGUAGAGGCCAUUGACUCGGAGAAGCAGUAUGCCGCUCACAACUACCACCCUCUACCAAUUGUCUUUGCCCGAGCCCAGGGUACCACGGUAUGGGAUCCCGAAGGCCGGGAAUAUCUCGACUUCCUGUCUGCGUACUCCGCAGUGAACCAAGGCCACUGCCACCCCAAAUUGGUGGCUGCUCUCGUGGAUCAGGCAUCACGUCUGACCUUGAGCUCGCGCGCAUUCUACAAUGACGUCUUCCCUCGCUUUGCCCAGUUUGUUACCAGCUACUUUGGCUUCGACAUGGUCUUGCCCAUGAACACUGGCGCUGAAGCCGUGGAGACGGGAAUCAAAAUUGCCCGCAAAUGGGGCUACAAGGUCAAGGGCAUUCCGGAAAACAAAGCAUUGGUCCUGAGUGCUGAGAACAACUUCCACGGUCGCACGUUCGCCGCCAUUUCCCUAUCGUCUGACCCGGAGUCGCGCGAACACUACGGUCCUUAUCUGCCCGGUAUCGGAUGCACCAUUCCAGGAACUACCAAGCCCAUUGCAUACAAUGAUAAGGCUGCCCUGCGCGAGGCCUUUGAGGCCGCCGGCCCUAACCUCGCUGCUUUCCUCGUCGAGCCCAUCCAGGGUGAGGCUGGCAUCGUUGUGCCCGACCCAGAGUACCUGCAGGAGGCUCGCGCACUCUGCGAUAAGCACAAGGUGCUCCUGAUUUGCGAUGAGAUUCAGACUGGUAUUGCUCGCACGGGCAAGCUGCUCUGCCACGAGUGGAGCGGGAUCAAGCCCGAUCUAGUCUUGCUCGGCAAGGCUAUCUCAGGUGGUAUGUACCCUGUCUCUUGUGUGCUGGGCAGCAAGGACGUCAUGCUCACGAUCGAACCCGGUACCCACGGUUCGACCUACGGUGGUAACCCACUUGGAUGCGCGGUUGCCAUUCGCGCGCUCGAGAUAGUCCGUGAUGAGCAGAUGGUUGAGCGCGCUGAGAAGCUCGGCCACGUGUUCCGGGAGGGUCUGGCGGCCAUCCAAAGCCCUCUUAUCGAAACUGUGCGCGGAAAGGGUUUGCUCAACGCUAUUGUCAUUGAUGAAUCCAAGACCAAUGGUCACUCUGCUUGGGAUCUCUGCAUGUUGAUGAAGGAGAAGGGUUUGCUGGCCAAGCCCACCCACCAGAACAUCAUUCGUCUUGCACCCCCUCUGGUGAUCACUGAGGCCGAGAUCCAGAAGUCUCUUGAGAUCAUCAAGUCUGCUGUGGACGAGCUUCCUAAUCUCAAGGGUGCUGCUGAGAACCACGUCAUCCCCCCUCCCGAGAAGAAGGUCAAGAUUGGGGUCGAGAACUAA